GUUUCCACAGACUGACGCGCGGAGAGAGCCUGGGCGCCGUGCGCUCUGUCCAUAUAUGGUCAUCUACGUCACUCAAAUGUUCCAUCCCCCUAUUUAACGCAGGACACUGGAGUCCCCUAUCCAGCUCCAAUAGAGCAAGCAGAGCUGCUCUUGUGCAACCAACACCACCACCACCUACUCCAUUGAUUCACAGACUUCAAAUUCCCUCACAAGCAGAGCUCUCAGCUUCCACAGUGAUCACAUUAAUAACAGAAGAAUAAGAAGACGAAGAAGCCUGUGAGAGGAGAGGAGAUAACCCGCGCGGGAUACUUGGAUAGCAGCAACAAACAGGAUCCAUCCCUGCUUCCUCUCUCCUCUUUUUCUCUUUUCUUUCCCUCCACACCUGUGUUUUCCACUUUGAGAACACACGCUGUUUUUUUGUGUUGAGUAUAACUACUUGGAUACCUGCGCGUUGUCCUUGUCUAAAUGUCGGACUGAAUCGAACUGCUAUGACAGGGAAACUAGCGGAGAAGCUCCCUCUUACGAUGAGCAGUUUAAUAAACACGAUCCCUGACAGUCUGUACCCAGAAGAGGACAUCCCGACGUCUAUGAAUAUUUUCACCAGUACGGAAUCUAUUAACCACUAUUCACAAAUGAACACAGAUAAUAUCAUGGAUCUGGGCAUGGGGAGUGAAAAAGCAGCCGCAGAUAUUCAGUAUGGAUCCAGCUUCCAGUCCAACCGCGGCGGGCAGACUGUCACAUAUCUGGGGAAGUUUGCCUUUGACACUCCUCCGUCAGGCGGCAUCGGCGGCUCCGGCUGGUGCUCUGAUAACAACAUCAUCAGUCUGGUGAGCGCCGGGAUCCUGGGCGUUUCUCCAUCGCCUGGCACCGUGACCACGCAGACGUCCUCCGCAGCCAGCAUGGGCGGACAGACGUCAGACAUGGAGCAGGUUUACGGUCCGCCGCUGCCUGCCUACUCCACCUGCAGCGACCUGUACCAGGACCAGGUCUCCUUCCACCACAGCCCGGCCACCAGCACGGCUCUCUCCUACCCCGGCAACGACUAUCACUCCACAUCCAAAGCCUCCAUGGACGGCAGCCUUUUCUCCAUGAUCCCCGACUACAACCUUUUCCACCAUCAGGGGGAGGUUGGCGUGAUGGAGCACAAGCCCUUCCAGACCAUGGACCCCAUCCGAGUCAACCCUCCGCCCAUCACGCCCCUGGAGACCAUCCGGGCGUUCAAAGACAAGCAGCAGAUUCACCCGGGUUUCAUCGGCGGGCAGCAGCACCCUCCUCAGCACCACCAGCCGCCACAGACUCUCACCCUCAAGCCCAUCCGGCCACGGAAGUACCCGAACCGUCCCAGCAAGACCCCAGUCCACGAGCGUCCGCACGCCUGUCCGGCGGAGAACUGCGACCGGCGCUUCUCGCGCUCGGACGAGCUCACGCGUCACCUCCGCAUCCACACGGGCCACAAGCCCUUCCAGUGCCGAAUAUGCAUGCGCUCCUUCAGCCGGAGUGACCACCUGACCACGCACAUCCGCACACACACGGGGGAGAAACCCUUCUCCUGCGAGUUCUGUGGACGCAAGUUUGCCCGAAGUGAUGAGCGAAAGAGACACGCAAAGGUUCACCUGAAACAGAAGGACAAGAAGCCAGCUGACAAGAGCAGCGGGGCGGCUGGGAGCCACGGCUCGCCACCCAGCUCCUGUGGGGGGCCCACGGUGGGAACGUCAUGACCGUCACUACGUGCACUUGGACUGGACCCUCUCCAUGCCCCAUAAAGAGACUCAUAGGAAGAAGGAAUCACGUCCACUUUGAGAUAAAUAGGUGACUCUUUUCCUCUCUUUUCCAUCCCCGGCUCUUUUCAGCUCCUUCUAUUUUGAGAUGGAUGCCUUUAGAUGAAAUAAUAGGAGGAAGGCCGCUACUCCUUUCUUUGUCCAGUAACUCAAAGCCUCACCUACUGUAACUCAGUACCAACACACAGAAGGCCAACAUGGCACAUUCUGUCCACAAGACCACUGUGUAUCUGUAGGUGUUGGUGUGGAUAAAGUUUUUUUUUGUAAAUUUGACUGCGAAUUUCUAAAUUGGAAGGAAGCCAGAAUCCAUCACAAGGGGUCUAAAACAUUUACAAUGGAGAUUAGUUAAAGUUGUCUGGGAUGUAUGCAUUAAUUUUAUUAGGCUGUUUAAAAGUGCAAUUGGUUAUAUUUGUGUACCGUCAUGGAUACCUUACAUUAGUGGCUGUCUUUUUUUGUUGUUGUUUCUGUUGAGGUGUUGUGUUUUAUUUUGAUUUUUUUUAAUUUUCUAUUUGAAUGUUGUUUUCUCAAAAAGAAUGUGCCAAAUGUAUUGUGGUGACACAGCCAACCGUGUUCUGAUUAUUGUGCCUGACAUUUGCCAAACAUAACCGUGAUAUCAGCUCAGUUCAGCACACACGUUGAGUUUAAAGGGAAGUAUCUCAGAUUAAGAUUUAUUCUUCCACAAUUUGGUGAAGUCUAGAUAACGACUGAAUGGGUUACACAAAGCAAAGCGAUGUCUUGUCCUGUUACCUGUACCUACACAACAAACAUGCCUGCAGCAAUCAACACCUUUGCCAGCACUUAUUUAUUUCCAGUCACUGAGAGACACUGUGUGUAUGUUUGUGUUGCCUUUUUAUAUGGGUACUUUAUGUCGUGUUACCAGAUAUCAUUUCUGUUGCUUUUUUUUUAUUAUAAAAAGCUCACCAAUACUCCGAAUUCGUUCAGUUUUUUUGCAGUUAUAUGCAAUAUAUUUGUGACAUAUGCCGACAAACCCGCAAAUCCAAUGAACUAAGAGCACAGUUACACAGACUAGACUACUUACAGUGAAUGCAUGGCACUGGGUUGCAAGCCAGCAGUGUAUUUAAAAGCAAAGAUGAAUGAAGGAUUGAUUCAAGACUUCAAAAUUCAAAGACUGAAACUAUCAAUCAAUCAAUAUUUAUUUAUCAAGCCCUUUACAGCAACCAGCAGGCUGUAUCCAAAGCGCUUUACAUCAAGACUACAAGAAUGAAACAUGACAUACAGUAAAAUCAUAAAGGGAUAAAACAUAACAUACAGCAAAAUCAGAAGAUGAUGAAACAUAACAUACAGUAAAAUCAGAAGAUGAUGAAACAUAACAUACAGUAAAAUCAGAAGAUGAUGAAACAUAACAUACAGCAAAAUCAGAAGAUGAUGAAACAUAACAUACAGUAAAAUCAGAAGAUGAUGAAACAUAACAUACAGUAAAAUCAGAAGAUGAUGAAACAUAACAUACAGUAAAA